AUCUAGCAGCUGAUGCAGCACUAGUGGUGCUGAUUUUUGUUCGCUCAUGUGGCAAGAUGGUGCAAAGGUCUCCACCACCUCCCAUGGGACUUCCAACAGGACAGGCCACGGUCACGACGUUCGUGUGUGAUCCUCCGCCACCAUCGACUCUGCCUGGUGUGAAGAGCAACAAAGUACUUGCUGCCACACCACCGCCACCAACCGACUUUCCGUCCGUGCAGGGUGAGUUGCCAUGCUUGCUGACGGCUCCGCCGCCCCCUGUUGCCUUUCCUGGUGCCCCGCUGCAAUUCUCGCCGCCUCCGCCAGAAAAGCUGCCUGGCUCUGACAAGGAGCUAACAGACGAGGUCACCCAUCAGGAGAGCGAAGAUGGCUCCGAAUCCGGCGAGGAUUCAGAUCUAUCGAUCGAAGCAAACUACGAGAGGCACCGGACAGACUUGGACACACUGAUUGCUCAGCAUUCCUCGGUGAUUCGAGCCACCACUCGACAAAGAUCGCCUGAAGACGCCGAGGAUCUGCCCAAAAGCGCUCACGAGCUUGCGCGGAUACAGCGUCGCCAGGAUUCAAUGGAUUCAAAGGACAAACCGUCCUUCCUGAAUCGAAUUUUUCAAUAUGGUGGCCGAGUGGAAGAAGGAACCAGAGAGAGCAUUCUGCAUCAGGACAUUUCUGGCCUGGAUGAUGUAUGGCUUCGUCGAUGGAGCCAUGUCCUGGAGAAGGAUGGCAUCACCUGCACAAAGAUUGCAACCAAUGGGAAGCCCUACGAGCGGCGCAUUCAUGUCGAUAGCAGGAACAUGAUGGUGGAAGUACACCAAGGUCGCAACGGUACUGUGGGUAUCUCCCUGGACGACCUAGUGGACCUGUGCAAGGACCUGCAGAGUUUGGAGUUCAAGAAGUUUCGCCAGAGGCGCAAGAGCUCGCACCAAGACUUGUCAUGCAGGGCUCUGAUUCUGCACACGCCAGCGCGUUCAUUCUCCUUCCUCUUCAACAACGCUUCCCAACGUGAUGUGCUGGGCCACUUUCUGCUGUACCUGCUGAAGAGCCGUGCGCGAGGAAUCAUGGCCAACAUGUGCUCUUCGAACCACGAGGAUGAUGAAACUCCAGCCACCAGCGCGCCACCCGAGGGCUUUGGGAAAGUGCUGUACCCAAACAACUCUUGCUAUGAAGGAGCCUUCUUUCGCCAUAUGCGCCAUGGCCACGGGACUUUGUACCUUCCGGACGGCACGCAGCACGAAUCUGAAUGGUGCAAUGAUGAACGACACGGGCCAGGGAAGGAACAUUGGGCUGACGGCACCAAGUUUUCAGGGAACUAUGUCCGCGGCAUGCGCCAUGGUCAGGGCACUAUGACCUGGCCGGAGGGUUCCAGGUACACGGGCAUGUUCGAGCGAGGCCGUGCCAAUGGCGAUGGAGAGCUCAUUCGUACUGACAACUCCAUCUACCGUGGUCAGUUCUUGCAGGAUUGCAUGUCGGGUUUUGGCUGCAUGCAAUGGAUUGAUGGUGUCGAGUACAAAGGCGAAUUUUCCAACAACAAACGGCAUGGCCUUGGCAAGAUGGUGUGGACUUCCGGCAAGUGGGUGAGCUACGAAGGUGCUUGGAAGGAGGGCUUACAACAUGGCCGUGGCAUCCUGACAGACAGAGAUGGCAAAGUGCACGUGGGUCAUUUUCAGAAUGGCAAGCUGGACCAUUGGGAGGAGAAGUCCGUCAAGGUGCAUGCACCAGAUACGGGAUCCACCUAAUGCCAGGUGAGGGCAACUUGUUGAGAUUGCAUGUUGAACUUAAGUCAGCCCAAGAUUUCUC